AUGUCGGCGCUUCACCCCGGAGACCCGCAGCUGGUGUCGAUGAUCGUCAGUCACCUGAAGACCGAGGGUCUGUUCGAUCAGUUCCGCAGAGACUGUCUGGCAGACGUGGACACAAAGGCAAAACACGCACACAUUUACCUCACAACAACACCGAAGUUUUCUUCCUCUCAGCCGGCAUAUUUGCACCUUCGACAGCGAGUGGAUAACUUCGUGUCCAAUCAUCUGGCAAACCACACAUGGAGCCCACAGCUGAACAAGAACCAGCUGAGAAACAGCAUCCGACAGCUGGUCCUGCAGUCAGGGAUGCUGGAGCAGGGAGUGGACCGGAUCGUGGCUCAGGUCGUCGAUCCGAAGGUCCAUCACUCCUUUCGGCCGCAGGUGGAGCGCGUCGUCCGGAAGUUUCUGUCUCCAAACAGCCACGUGGAGGAGGACGAGCUUCCUCCUGUAGCUCCGCCCCUUCCUGUGGAAAACCAGGAAGUCGAACUGCUGACCGCAGACAUCGGAAAUGAUCCCGGUGAGCUUCUCACAAAUGAAUAUCUCACACAGUCUUCUCAUUAGAAAUGAUCUGGAGGAUGAGUCCGGCUGUGUGGUGUUUCUCUGACAGCUCCGGCUGGGCGCUCCGGCGCUGAUGAUGUCCAGAUCCCGGAGACCAGCGGCACUGACCCGAGCCUCGAGCACAGAGACGAGGAGAUGGACAUCAGCCUCCCCGAGGAGACGGAGGAGCAGCCGGAGGAACCACAGCCUGGGAAACAGGAAGAGGAGGAGACGGAGGAGGUGAAGGACGAGGGAGACGCCGGGCACAGUAGUAAAUCCUCAGGGAAGAUCCGAGAGGAGAACCACACAGACACAGACUCCCAGAAACCCUCCAGCGUCAAACAGAAGACGAGAGAGAGACUCAGAGAAGAGUACUCCCUGGAGGACUCUGAUCUGGACGGUCUCAGUGACAUCACGGUGAGUUCGGUCCACACCAGCGAUCUGUCCUCGUUCGAGGGAGACAGCGAUGAGGACGAGCCUCUGUCGGAGUCCACCGAGGAGGGAGAGAUCAGCUCGGGGGCUGAGGGGGGGCGGGAGACGCCGGCCGGUGAAGACUCUGAGGGCAGUCGGGAGAAGAAGCCUCGUGGUGUGAGACAGGGAUACGUACACAAGCCGUUCCUGUACUCGCGCUACUACAGCGACUCUGAUGACGAGGUGACGGUGGAGCAGCGCAGACGCUCGGUGGCCAAAGACAAAGAGGAGCGCCUGUUGAAGCGGCAGCAGAACCGCGAGCGAAUGGAGGAGAAACGCAGACUGAGAGCAGCUCAGAACGAGGAACAGGAUCGGAAGAAACUGGCCAGUCUCUCUGCGGAUCAGAGACCUCGAGCCAAAGAGGCUCGAAAAGAGAAGAAGUUUCUUGAGAAGAAAGUGGCUCUGAGCAGACAGAGAAAGAGAGACUCCAGAAAAGAGGAUGAGAGGAAGAAAAGUGAUACUGAAGGUGAUUCAGUCAAUAAAGAUGUGAAGCCCACGGGUCUGAAGCGACGGCCGUCUGAUCUGGAGGAGCAGCAGCGAAGGAGGAAGACAGACAGCGAGGAGAAAGUCCCUGAGAAAAACCGCAUUCACUCCUUCAUCCUGGACCUAGAGCUGGGAACAGAAGAACGCCGGAAAACCGUUCGCAAAGACUCGCUUUCCAAAGAAAAGGAGCGCAAAGAGAAGGAGAAAGAGCGUGGCGUCCCUGACGAACGGCUCAAGCACAAACACAAAACGGAGAGCAGGAAGAGCGGAGACGCCACGGCCGACGAGAAAGACGGAGGGACUGCGAAAGGAGCAGCUGAUGAGAAGAAGGGGUCAAAGGUCAAGCAUGACAGGAAGAGUUCUGUUUCUUCCCGAGAAGGCAAGACAAGUGUGUCUGAAGCGACAGAUGAAGGGAAUCUGAAGAAAGGAAAGAUGGCUGUGAAUGAGAAGGAGAAACCGAAGGGUGAUUCAAAGCAGCUCCGGCGUCUGGACUCCACCGGCUCCUCAGAGGAGAGGUCAGAGGUCGAGACAGGUUCAGAGGUCAGCCAGAAGAAAGACAAGCAGCCUAAAGAGAUUCCCAAGAGGUCAAAGAGCCUCUCGGAGGCUAAACCGGGAGAGAAGCCCAAGGUACGGAUGGAUAGGAAGGAUUCGUCUGUGGACAAGACUCAUCCGCAGAAAUCUGGCUUGGAAACCGAAGGACUGAAGGUCAAAUCCCUAAUGGAGAAACACAAGUCUAAAUCCCAGAAUCCCAAAUCAGAGAAAAAAAUAGAAGCCAAGACUAAACCAGGAACUUCAGAACAGAAAAAAGACGACAAGAAAACUUCAGAGGAGAAAAUGAAGGACGCGAAGGUUGUGAAGAAAACGACUGAGAAGAAGGGGCAGAAAGAUUCAGACAGGAAGUUGGGAGGGAAGGAGAAUCUGCCAGAUACCGUCUCCAGUACCACACCUUUACCUGACGACCCUUACGCCACCCUGAGCGACGUCACUCCCGAAUCUGAGGACGAGGAGGCGGUGCCUAAAGAGCCCCGCCCUCUGUCUGCAGAAGCCGACGCCCUCUUGAGCCUGAUGGACGUCCGCACCUCACAGCAAGAAACGGAGGCCGAUAGGAAGAUGAAGGAGGCAGCGCUCACGCUGCUCUCCAUGGAUCCGGAUAUCACUCGCUCCUCGGAUCUCACAGCCACAGACUCUCAGAUUGCAGUGGAGACACUUCCUGUAGGCAUUGUGGACACAGGAAGUGUGUUGGAGUGCUCUGAGACCGAGUCCGGUGUAAUCACUACAUCUGCCGCCGCAGCGGAGCCCAUGGAGACAGAGGCUCCCGGGUCACAGGAAGUGACAUCAGAGACUGGUGAUGAGAAGAUGGAUGAGAGAGACGCUCAAAUGUGUACAGGAGACGCAGCUGAAUCUACACCUGCGACCAAUGCAGACGCAGCUCAGUCCACGCAGACUCUCACUGCAGACACUGCUGAAUCCAUGCAGACCUUCACUACUGAAGAUGCAGCUGAACUCUCGCCAGCGGUCCCUCCAGAUACAGCCGAGUCUGCGCAGACCCACAAUGCAGAUAAAAACAACACAGAUUUAGCUGAGUCUGCGCAGAUCUUCACAACAGAGAUUGAAACUGAUGAGCCUGAGCAGACCCUCACUGCAGAUAAAGCAGAGCCUGCGCAGACCCUCACCGCAGAUACAGCCGAGCCUGCACAGACCCUCAAUGUAGACACAGCUGAGCCUGCACAGACCCUCAUCGCAGACACAUCCGAGCCUGCGCAGACCCUCAUCGCAGAUAAAGCAGAGCCUGCGCAGACCCUCACCGCAGAUAAAGCUGAGCCUGCGCAGACCCUCAUCGCAGAUAAAGCUGAGCCUGCGCAGACCCUCAUCGCAGAUAAAGCAGAGCCUGCGCAGACCCUCACCGCAGAUAAAGCUGAGCCUGCGCAGACCCUCAUCGCAGAUAAAGCAGAGCCUGCGCAGACCCUCACCGCAGAUACAGCCGAGCCUGCGCAGACCCUCAUCGCAGAUAAAGCUGAGCCUGCGCAGACCCUCAUCGCAGAUAAAGCUGAGCCUGCGCAGACCCUCAAUGUAGACACAUCCGAGCCUGCGCAGACCCUCAUCGCAGAUAAAGCAGAGCCUGCGCAGACCCUCACCGCAGACACAUCCGAGCCUGCGCAGACCCUCAUCGCAGAUACAUCCGAGCCUGCGCAGACCCUCACUGCAGAUAAAGCAGAGCCUGCGCAGACCCUCACCGCAGACACAUCCGAGCCUGCGCAGACCCUCACUGCAGAUAAAGCUGAGCCUGCGCAGACCCUCAAUGUAGACACAGCCGAGCCUGCGCAGACCCUCAUCGCAGAUACAGCCGAGCCUGCGCAGACCCUCAUCGCAGAUAAAGCAGAGCCUGCGCAGACCAUCACCGCAGAUAAAGCUGAGCCUGCGCAGACCCUCAAUGUAGACACACCCGAGCCUGCGCAGACCCUAAUCACAGAUAAAGCUGAGUCUGUGCAGACCCUUAUUGCAGAUAUAAAGAACACAGAUACAGCCGAAUCUGCACAGAUCCUCACAAAAGAGAUUGAAACUGAUGAGUCUGCGCAGACCCUCUUUGCAGAUGUAAAGAACACUGAUACCGCGGAGCCAGCGCAGACAGACUCUACAGACACAGGCGCUGCAUCCGUCUCAGACGACCAGGAACAGAUGUCAUCAGAUGCCUCUGAGACGGUGGAGCAGUCGGAGAGCGGCACGCGGAGAGGACGGUCAUCCGCUCAGAGGACAGCAGCGAAUCAAACCAGAACUGAUACUGAAAACGAGCAAGCGGCUACUAAAGAGUGUGAGGAUGAAGAGGAGGAGAGAUCGAGCAGGACACGCAGAGGAAGAUCCUCCAGAGCAUCUGAAACACGCUCUGCUUCACAGCCCAAGGAGGCGGAGCCAGCCGUGGAGGAGGAGCCAAAAGAGCAGAACCGCAGGAGUCUCCGCUCUACAGCUCAGACCAGAGACACUCCUGCAGUGAAACCUGGACUGAAACGGAAGAGAUCAGACGAUCUUCCAGCUUCGGCUCCAGACUCAACAGUAGAGAUGGAGGAACCAGACCAAUCUGCCAAACAGAGAAAAGAUGAAGAUCAGGACACCAUCAAAGCGAGUGAUGAAGAGGAGGAGAGGAAGGAGGAGGAAGAUGUGACCCAGAGACCGACCCGUCGUGGACGACCCUCCAAAACAUCUUCUGCCACAGAUGACUCGGACACCGGAGCGUCAGAGAAGAGAGAGGAUGAUGAAGAGGAGAGCAGAGGAAGAGCGACGACUCGAGCUGCGUCUCGUCUGGAGGCAGAGAGGAAUAAACCCAGCAAACCGUCCACUCGAGCGCUUAGUAAACUCAGCGGGAGAGAGGAGAACUCCCCGAACACACGGUCGGCGAGGGGACGCAAGCGUGACUCCAGUCCUGCACUUCCUCGCACACGUGGAGCACAGAAAUCUGACGAGCCGCCUUCAAAAAGAGGCAAACGAUGAAGAGUCUGCCUGAUCUCCUGGAGUUCACUGGGAAAUCAAUCUGAAUCAGAGCCGAGAAUCAACAUGAUGGAGAUCUGCAGACGGAGGAAGAAGAGCUGCUGUGUGUGUAACUCAUCCAGUUCAUCAGAAACUGUGUGUGUGUGUGUGUGUGUGUGUGUGUGUGUGUGUGUGUGUGUGUGUGUGUGUCAGAGAUGCUCAUUCUGUGAAUGUCAGUAUUUUUUAUUUUAUAUUUUACCUUUUUAUUAUAAACCCUAAUAUUGCUCUGAUCCAAUCUUAGGUGUUUUUAAUUGUUAUUUGAUGUUUCUGUGAGCUUGUGUGUGUGGUUCAGAAUCCGUGGCUCGGGUGUUAUUGGGCGUUUACUGCUGCAGGAAACAGCUGUGAUCUCGUUUCUUCCAGCAGGAGGAUCUCUUCAGAUGAACCAUUCACUUAUUCCCUUCAUUUACAGCUCAGUCCCUCAGACACACAGCACAAGUGAUCAGAACAUGACAGAAAAACCUUUACAGUUGUGCUUACAGUAAUUAAAACCUGAUCCCUUGUAUAAUGCUAAAACAUAUGAUGUUUCUCAGUGUCUCUGUCUGGUUUUCAGCACAAUUACUGAAACAUUCUGAAAUCAAGAAACAUUUACCGAAGAAGCAAAGUGACCUGAUGAAAGAUAUCAAAAUGGUUUGAGUUUUUGUUGAAAACAUAAACAUCUGCCGAUGUGGUCAGGAAAAUAAUCAUGUUCUCACUUUGAGUUUAUUUUCUGAUCCCAUUGGCACUUAAUUUUGGUAGAUAAAAUAAAAGUGUAGAAUUUAAAUUAAUAAAGAAUAAUAAUAAAUAAACCAUAAUGACAAGAAGCUAA